AUGAAGAGAGAUCACUAUGGCUUAGCCGAAGAGUACAUCAGUGACUACCAGAGGCAAGUGAACAUACUGCGUCGAUCCAAAAUUGCACCACCAGCAUUUAUCUCAAUCGGAAUCAUGAUCCGAGAACUCCAAGAUAAGCUUCCGGACAUGGUCUUUACGCGUGAAGCGUUACGGAAAGUGAAAGAAUCCCACGAAAUUACUCACGAGGACUUCGACAAGCAAUGCAAAGAAAUGACGAUCAAAGCUCGUCAGCUUGCUGUUAAAGCCAACAAGACCCACUCGGCCCGUCGGAACCCAUUUAGGACCGAUCGCCAAGACAAGAAUACCACUGUCGUUGCCGAACCGUCCAAUCAGAAUAACCAGAACCGUGGCCGUGGACGUGGAGACGGAAGGAACGGGAGAGCAUCACCCGGAGAGCACGCCGAUCAUAGAAGCUCUACGGCCUCUACCGGUGCUCGUGGAGCUCCGCCGAGAGGCAAGGAUAUCUACAAAUACGCUAGGGAAUGCUGUGAAGCCGAGAAACAACGCAUCAAUGACCGAUGCAGCUUUUGCGGUUAUGGCCCACACAAUGCCAAGCACUGCUCCUAUCUUCAGGAAGCGCCUGAGUGCGACUGGGUGCUCAGCUCGGCCGUAUGGUCGCUGUCGAGUGCCAUUCGUGAUCGCAAUGAGAAACAAGGAAGAGUGUCACUAGCUAUCCAGACCUAUAUGGCUGAGAGCCCAACCACCCUCCCGACACCUAAAGCCACGGAACUAGCAAUUGAAGAGCUAAACCCGAAACCCGUUGGCAAGCCGAGUCUCACGCACCUAAGACCAUGGGGAUGCAUUACGUACGUCCACAUCCCUAAGAGCAAGCGAGUCCAAAGCCGGAAGAUCGCUUCAUCGCCUCAAGAGCUAUCAAAGGCCAUUUGA